GACACAGGGAAAACAUGCAAACUCCACCCAGAAAGGCCCGAGCUGGACUUGAACCCGGACCUUCUCGCUGGGAGGCAUCGGCGACACCGUCCAAGGUCCAACGUUAAAAUGAAAGUAAACCCCAGGCCCGUUAGUCACGACGGAGCGUAAUUUUGCAGAGAUGAUUCGUCGAAUUAUUCUGGCAUACUGGAUCCUAACCCCCUGCCUAGUUGCUGGACAGUCUACUACUUAUGGACUGGUGGGAGGGACAGUGACCCUGAAGGCAGACAAGAAUGUCUCUGAUGAAAUUCUGUGGAAGCAUAAAGGGAACAAAGUAGUGGAGUUUGAUGGCAAUGAGGAACUUGUUUUCGGAUCAUUUUCAGACAGGAUCACUCUCGAUUGGGUUUCUGCAGAUCUCACAAUCACUAACCUCAGAUAUGAAGACAGCGGAGAAUAUGUGUUGGAAACAUACAAACACAGUCAAUUGACAAAAUCAGUUAUUUAUCUGGAAGUCACUGGUGGUCCAAAAACUGACAGUGACAUUAUUAUUGCCAUUGCCACUGGGGCUGGCGUCUUAGUUAUUGUCAUUCUUCUGGCUUUGUUGUUCUGCAAACUGAAGCAUAAAGCAUGCUUUGCCAAAGGAAAUGAUGAGGAACGGGCAUCUCAUGGUGAAACUGGAGAGUCCAGAAAUGAUGAAGAAAGUCAGUCACUCCUCCCUGACAAGAUGGGACAAGUCUCAGACAGUGACCCUGAAACACCCCCAAUGACAUUUCAACAAAAAAGAGAAAUGUUUGCGCGUGGACUGUCACCAGCUGUUCCACCCCCUGUGCCUAAGAACCCAUUUAGAAACUGUACAAUCGACAAAGAAAAUGUCGCCCAGCCCAGGGAAUGUACAGAGAAAACUGUCUCAGAGUGUGACCCUGAUGUGUUGCCUGGUGUUUUGAACGACGAUAGUGUAUUUCAUGAGUCAAAGGCAGGUGAGGAUAUGGAGAGAGAAGAUGGAGAAUUUAAUAAACCAGGAGCUAUUCAUGCACAUAUUCAACGUUUUGAGAGUAUGACAAAAGAAGAAAAACCAAAAGUUAAAAAUGCAGGUUGUGAUGAGGAAGAAAAGUCUCCUCUUGCAGGUCCUUUACCUCCUCCUGUUGUCAAAAUAUGGCCGCCACAUUCAUCCAUAACUUCAAAGCCUCAGAACCUGUCAUCUAAGGAUGAUGCCGAUGAACAGAGGAGAGACACUAACUCACAUCAGGUCCCUGGAGAAACUGAAGAGACAAACGAGAGUAAAGCUGAAGAAGAGAAACCAAAAGAGUCUGACACAAACCCAGAUGAGGAUGAAGAGUCGGUGGCAGCUUCUGCAAGUGCUCCUCCUGCUGGUUCCUCUGAAGACUCCACAACCACUACAAAGCAAAGUGUUGGAGAAUCUGAACCACCAGGCUUGCAGGAAGAAAAAGAAUCCAGCGGGUUUGAAGAGGGGACCACCUGUCCCGAACAGCAAGAUGCAGAAGUAGAAAUGGUCCAUGAUCCACAAUCAGAGCAAGCAGACACAGGAACACACUCAGGAGAAGACAAGCAGCAGGACAGACACAGAGUUUCUGAAGAUCACAGUGAACCAGAUGCUGACGAAGAAGACGUUAAAAAGGAAAAGAAUGUUCCUUUAGAAAACCCUCAGAACCCAGUAACACCAAAACCAGACCACAUUAACACCAGUACCUGUCAAGAGCCCUCUCAGACUAAACAAGCAGACUCAGGAAGAGAAGAGGAAUAACAGUGAUUCACACAGCAGAACAGAGGAGGCAGACGAAGGUGAAGCUGUUGAUAAAAAUAAAGACAAGUGUGGGCCAGAAGACCAAAAGACAGACAAUGAGAGUUUUAGUGGGGUUUUAGAAGUGAAAAAACUGUUCAAUAGGUCUUUUUAAAAAGUUGCCAAACCAAAAAGAGAAGGUGGAAGGACACAUGUGCACCUGAAGGCAACGGGAUAAGAUCAAUAGAGAGAUGAAAAAAAUAAGGAGAUCGACCUUAUGUCACAGUAAACUGAAAAGAGAGAGGCACUCCAUCCAGCUCUGCUUCCUGUUUCUAUUGUAAAGUGGCUUUACGGUUUGUAAAUGUAUUCCUCACAGCCAGCGACAUCAGUAUUCUGACAAAGCAACUGCUGAAAACAGUCGUUCAUCUUAUAGACAAAGAAAAAUUACAAGCAUCUGGGUAGAUUCUAGAAAGUAGGAUUUGCAGAUUGGGAUUUUUUCUGCUGUAUAAGAGACUUUAUUUGGACCGGUACUUUCACCACACUCCUAAUUACUGUAGUCUGCUUCAUCUUCAUUGCUGCAGUUGUUUUUUAUCUCUGGUGAAAAGUUGUUAGCCACUGAAUCCACCGCUACACAGUGUGACAAUGUGGGAAUUGCGAUUCUUUCAUAAUAAUUUCAAAAUAAUUGUGCAGUCCUGUUGACUGACUGCAUGCAACAUUUUUAAUCAUUUUGAUUGACUUUUCUCUGAGCUCAAGAUAACACGUGUUAUUCUGUUUAACAGCUAAAGAGUAUUAGAGCUAUGUUUUGGUUCCAUCUUUUAUUUGUGCAAUGAGCAUUAAACAAAAGCAAGCGACAUGA